AUGCAGAGAGAAAUUGAUGAUAUAAUCGGUGGAGAAGAAGCUUGGAAGAACGUUGAUUCAACCGACAUAACAUGUCCAAAGUGUAGCCACGGAAGGGCUUAUUUUAUGCAAGUUCAAACCCGCUCAGCUGAUGAACCUAUGACAACAUUCUAUAGGUGUUGUAAUCAAGAGUGUUCGCACAAUUGGAGGGAUUAAACAUGAGAAGUACAACAUUUUUGUAUAAUUUAAUUAAAAGCGUCGAUUUAAAUUUAAAAUUAAAAAUGGCGCAAAUAGUUUCCGUUAAUGAUAUUGAUGCUGUUCAAACGGCGAUAGAAAUUUUAAAAUCGGGUGAAGUAAUCGCUUUACCGACUGAUACAGUUUAUGGUUUAGCUUGUUGUGCCACAAACAUUGAAGCCGUUAAUAAACUGUACGAAAUUAAAGCUCGAAACGAAAAUAAACCUGUCGCAAUUUGCGUUGGACGUGAAAAAGAUGUUAAAAAAUGGGCGGAAGUUUCACAUUUACCAAGUGGAUUAUUAAAAUCAUUACUUCCCGGUCCGGUUACGUUAGUUUUAAAUUGUGCUAGAAAACUAGAUAA